AUGAUUGAAAGAAAUCCAAUUUCCAAGGCAAUUGCCAUUCGAGACAAAUCUCUCGCGGUGAUAGAGCCGCCUCUGGACCUCGAUCGACUGCCAGAUCCACUGCCCCCGAACGUCACGCAGCUGCCCUACGACUUUCUCACUGAUGAAGAGAUCACGAUUACAUCUUUGGAUGUGGAUGAAUUAUUGGCAAGACUCCGAAAUAAGCAGCUCUCUUGCGUCCAAGUUACCAAAGCAUUUCUACGAAGGGCAGCACUAGCGCAGCAGCUGGUCAACUGUGUCACAGAGCUUCUUCCUGAAACUGCUCUGGAGCGAGCAAGAUACCUUGACUCUCUCGACCAACCAAUUGGCCCAUUGCAUGGGCUUCCGAUUUCCCUCAAAGAGCAUCAUGGAAUGCGCGGACGUUUGACAAACUGUGCCCUUGUUGCGUGUAUUGACAACCAACCGCCGAUCAAGGACGAAGUAAGCGGGGUGAACGAUGUUCUUUGGGAAGCAGGCGCGGUAUUUCAUGCGCGGACGACGCAACCUCAGUCUCUCAUGCAUCUUGAGACCUCCUCAAAUAUCUACGGCGUGACUCUUAACCCAAACAAUCUGAAGCUCUCUCCGGGCGGUAGUUCUGGCGGGGAAUCAGCGCUCAUCAGGAUGAGGGGCAGCAUAUUGGGUAUCGGCGGAGACAGUGGGGGCUCGAUCAGGGUACCAGCGGCAAACACGGGUAUAUAUGGAUUCAAACCAACCUCCGGACGCGUCACUCGACGAGGAACAGCAAGUGGCGUUCCUAGAUCAAGCAGUAUAAAUGGUUCACAUGGACCUCUGUCUACCUCUCGAUACGGAUUAGAGCUGUUCAUGUCGACUUACCUGAACUCACAACCUUGGUAUAAAGAUGUCACUUUGGUGCCACUGCCUUGGAGGGAAAUAACGCUUCAAAAACACCUGAAAAUUGCGAUCAUGUGGUCCGAUGGAGUCGUGAACCCUCACCCACCCGUCCAACGGGCUUUACGCCAGGUUGCGACGAUGCUCCAGAAGAACAAAGCUCAAUUCACGGUGGUGGACUGGGAACCUCUGGAGCAUGACCGGGGUUGGGAACUGACACAGUCCCUCUACUAUGGCGACGGCGGUGCAGGAUUGAAAAAGAUACUGGCGGAUGGAAAUGAGGAGGCCCUUCCUCUGUCCAAGUGGAUGCUGGAAAGCAAGAAUGUACGAGCUCGCUCUCGUGAAGAGCUGAACCAGCUUACGGCCGAAAGAGACAAGUACUGGCAUACCUAUAAUGACCACUGGCAAGCCACCGGGGAGAAAGAUGGGCAUAUUGUUGAUGCUAUCCUCUGCCCAGCAGGGCCUGGUGCUGCCCCGGCACAUGGACAUUCAAAGUAUUGGAGCUACACGAGCCAGUGGAACCUACUUGACUACCCAGCUGCCGUUUUCCCGGUCACUGUGGUUGAUCAGGCACUGGACCAGCCGGAGACGGACUACCAACCCAUGAACUCAGAAGACAAGCGAAACCAUGAGCUCUAUGAUCCGGGGACAUACCGGGAUGCUCCGGUAGGGCUUCAAUUAGUCACUCGCCGAUAUGAGGAUGAAAAAUGUCUUGCAAUUCUGGCAGCUAUUGAACGAGUGAUGGGACGCAAGUAA